AUGGCGAAGUCCUCAAGACAUGUUACAGGCAAAGCACCAGGCCCUGCCUUGGAUGGUGGAGAUAAGAAGAAGACUAAGAAGAAGUCAUCGUCGAUGUGCGUUGGCGGUAUGUUCAAGUCCGCAGUCAAGCGUAUUUCUCGUGAGGUCAGCCCAGAUAAUAAUAUCAUGCUGACAAGCAAUUCAAUCCAGGUUCUUUGUGGAAUCUCAUUCGAUUUUGUUGAUACAGUUGCUGACCUUGCAGGUGAACUGGCAAGGAAGGUUGGGAAGCAGACAGUGGGGUCUGACGACAUCAUAAGCGCAUUUGAGAUCUUGCUCAAGGGAGAGUUGAGAAAGUUGGCCAUCAGAGAGGUUCACAAUGCUCUUUCUAAGAGUCAGGCCAAGUCCCGUGGAAAAUAA